GGGAUCGUUGAUUUGUUUCGUAGCCCUCAUAUUUUGCCACAUUAUAUCGUAGACAUGCACCUUCCUUUUACGCUUAUAUUUUAGUUUUAAGAGACAAAUUAACGAUAUCAGAUACAGGGGAAACAAAUCCUGGGAGGGGAAACAUAUCUUGGCACAACUCCUAGCUCGGCGGAACGAUCCAUAAGUACUUGUUUUCCGUCGGACGGAAUCAAAUGACGCGCAUGUAAAUAAAGUGGACCACCGCCGCUCACUCACGUGUUCACAAUGAAAAACAGUAAAAACUUUAACCGGGCCUCAAAGAAGUCUACAUUUAAGCCCAGAUCUAAGAGGAGAGAAAACAAAUGCGUCGUUACGUUUGAUGACAAAGACAGACAAGAGUAUCUCACUGGAUUCCACAAGCGGAAGUUGGAAAGAAAGAAAGCAGCAGUGAAAGAAAUAGAAAAUAAAAUAAAGGAUGAGCAAAAAAGAGUCAAAGAAGAAAGGCUUAAAGAAUACAUUAAAAUGCUAAAGGAGAGGACAGAAGCUCUUGCUGACGAUGAUCUUCUGGAAGAUGUAGUGACGAGUAAAACUGAGUCUGUACAGUAUGAUCACCCAAACCAUACUGUUACUGUGACGACCAUCAACGAUCUAGACCUCUCUGGGAACCAUCUGCUUGAAACAACACGGGAUGGGGAUGAAGGCAGCAAGGAAGAGGACGAAGAGAAGAAAGAACAAAUUCCCACCAUGCCAAAAAAAGCGGGGAAUCCAAUCAUCAACAAGAAGAUUCGCUCCCUCACGGCAGCGCUCAACACUUACACCAGAAAGAGGAAGAGGAAAGGGAAGCGGGCCGGCAGAGGCAGGCAAGGCCGUCCGACAGACAGGAGGUCCGAUGUCACAGAGAAUAAACGCAAAAGAGGGAAGACCACCAAGACCCAGAGACGCAGGCAGACUGGGAAGAAGGUCCAUCACCAGGACUGAUUUCUAAUGUUUCUAAUGUUGUUUUUUUUCUUAACGUGAGACUAUUCAUUUGGGAUUAAAGGUUAAUCUUUGUCAUAUCAUGCA